UUGUAUAAUAAAAUAUAUCAAAAGUUUGAAUUUUGUUCUUUGGAUUUCAUUGCAGUGCUUAGUUCUCCCACUCGUUCAAUAUAUCGUAUACGCUGUCAUCGCUAGGGAAUGGGCUGGUAUCUGUGAAAUACGUGGUUCAUUUGUUUUCAAAACGCCUAUUAAGAGGCCUAAAAUGUAUCAGCUGGGCAUCGUAUACAAAACUACUGUAAAACAGAAACGGGCUCAUAACUAACACACGGCCCAACAGAAAAAUGGCGAUGGCAACAGGCAAAGCAAAGGAAGAGGACCAACCAGCACAGAUUCAACAGCAACAGACAACGCUUCAGUUAACAUAUCGCUUUGCCCUGUUCUUCAUAGCUGGCUGCUUCGCAGCAUUUACCUUCCAUGCACUCACAUCGUCGUCGGGAUCGUUGUUGGGCUGGCGACUGCGACUGCAUCAUUUGCCAACUGCUCAUUAUUUACAGACGCGUGAUGAGUUUGCUGUAUAUUCGGUGGAUGAGCUAAAUGCAUUUAAGGAGUUUUACGAUAAGAGCGUUAGUGAUAGUGUGGGUGCUAGCUAUACGGUGGCGGAACAGACCAACAUUAAGGAGGCCUUGGGUGCACUGCGUCUCGCCCAGGAGAUGUAUAUGACGGGCAAGGAUGACAAGGCAGCUCGACUGUUCGAGCAUGCACUGGCCCUGGCGCCCAAGCAUCCGGAAGUGCUGCUUCGCUACGGCGAAUUUCUCGAACAUAAUCAACGUAAUAUUGUUCUGGCAGAUCAGUAUUACUUCCAGGCGCUCAGCAUUAGUCCAAGCAAUUCGGAAGCUUUGGCCAAUCGCCAGCGCACAGCAGAUGUGGUUCAGACACUCGAUGAACGACGUCUCACCUCUCUGGACGAGAAACGUGACGCUCUAUCAGCUAUACACGAGGCGAACUCUGCGUUGCGGCGUGCCAAAAAGGAGGCGUAUUUUCAGCACAUAUAUCAUUCAGUGGGCAUUGAGGGCAACACAAUGACACUGGCACAAACCCGCUCGGUGCUGGAAACUCGAAUGGCAGUCGAUGGCAAAUCCAUAGAUGAGCACAAUGAAAUUCUGGGCAUGGAUUUGGCCAUGAAGUAUAUCAACGCCAGUCUGGUGCAGAAAUUAUAUAUCACACUCAAGGACAUCUUGGAGCUGCAUCGCCGCGUGCUGGGUCAUGUGGAUCCGAUCGAGGGUGGCGAGUUUCGUCGCAAUCAAGUCUAUGUCGGCGGACAUGUGCCGCCAGGACCUGGCGAUUUAGCCAUACUAAUGCAACGUUUCGAACAUUGGCUCAACUCGGAGCACAGCAACUCGCUGCAUCCAGUCAACUAUGCAGCUCUUGCCCACUACAAACUGGUGCAUAUACAUCCGUUUGUAGACGGGAAUGGACGUACCUCGCGGCUGCUGAUGAAUACGCUGCUUAUGCGCGCCGGCUAUCCACCUGUGAUCAUACCAAAGCAGCAGCGCAGUCAGUACUAUCAUUUCCUUAAGCUGGCUAAUGAGGGCGACAUACGACCCUUUGUUCGUUUCAUUGCCGAUUGCACUGAAAAGACGUUAGACUUGUAUUUGUGGGCCACCAGCGAUCUGCCACAGCAAAUUCCAAUGCUCAUUCAGACAGAGAGUGAUGGCAAUGUAUUAGCCAAGCUGCAGUCACACAUUGUGCACAAUUCACCGGAACUAUACGAAACUGGUUCCGGAUCUGGUGACAAGAAAAAUGGACAACAUGGAAUGCCUUGACCCCCAGUGCAAAAGCAAACCGAAUGGCUGCUCAAUACAUUUAGUAAAUUAUAUGUUGUAUUUUGUAUGUAUUUAGCGUAAAACUUGUGUAAUUUGUUAAACAAAAACAAAGCCGUUUGUCAGACUGUGAUCGUAUUUAAGCUAAAAGAUCUAACCAAAAAAAAAUUAUAAACAAAAU